AGUCAAUAUAAAGUUAAUUCAUAUUUAAAUAAAAAUUUUAAAAAUUAUUGUGCCAUAAGUUUAAAGUGUUUCAUUUAAAUAAAAUUAUCCAGCCAAUCAAAUAUAUAAUAAUAAGUUAAAAUUAACAUGGAGGAUAUAUUAACCACUCUGGAAUGGGUGAAACAAGUAUGGGAAAAGGUCCCACCUGAAUUAAAAACAGCAGCCCCGCACGUGCCCACGUGCAUCUACAAUAUAACCAAUACUAUUACCGAGUACACCAAAAACAUCAGCCCGCUUUUAAAACUAUGCGAAUACUUAAGGAAUGGCGUGUCCCUGGACUCCGAUAUGGCUAAAGGUAUUUUGGACAAAUGUGGAAAGUUUAUUAGCCCACAUCAAGAGCACAUCCUGGAGGGCCACCUAAAAAAGUUAGCCGAUGCGCUAUUGUGGAGCUCAGCCCUGGCCAGCAGUCUAUGUCUUAUAUCGGAGACAAUACGGUUGUGGAACUUUUGGCAGCAAAUCAAGGAGGCCCGCAAUAUAUGCGCCGAAUCGGUGUCGACCCGGACACGAAUAUCGGCCAUCUUUGCUAGUAUACCGGCUGAGAUUGCCAAACUAGACCAGUUUAUGAUCGAUAUGCCUGACCGCGAAGUGAGGGAGAUAGCCAGGAUUGAAGCCGCUGAACAGAUUGAUAAAAUACGAGGCAUAUUACAUGAGGCACAUAUUGAAAUGCAAUCAUUACAAUUCAAAGUGAAAAACGCUAAAAUGGCGCUUGGUAAAUCGCGUAGAGAUGGAGUAGUCUCGGCGGUUGUCAGUGGAGCCCAGGCCACGUCCACUAUAGUGAACCUGACUCUAUUGGCCUCAAUGGCAAAUCCGUACCUAGUUGGUUUCUGGAAACCAUAUCUGUGCGUCUAA